AAAAAAAAAGCCACUCUGCCAGACAGGGGUCACUAAUAGCUAUUUAUAAUUCAUAUAAAUUCAUUGGUAUAGAUUAGUCCUUAAUUAAGUGCAAGUGCUUUUCCAGAAGAUCACCAUGGAAAAAGUGCGAAACAACAUGGCAGCGUUCUGGAAGGAACACUCCACAGAAGCCACCGUAGAGGAGAUGAUGCUGGAUACUCAAGCCAGGGACCUGACUCAGCAGGAGAUGCCUGAGAUUCUCUCCUUACUGCCCAGACUGACUGGAUACAAGGUGCUGGAACUGGGAGCUGGCAUUGGUCGUUACACCAGCCAACUGCUAACUAAAGCAGCCCAUGUCACCGCUGUGGACUUCAUGGAAAGCUUCAUUGAGAAAAACAGAGAAGUGAACGGUCACCAUAAAAAUGUAACAUUUCUUCAUGCUGAUGUCACAAAGCUGGAAAUCCCCAAAACCAGCCUGGAUUUCAUCUUCUCCAACUGGCUGCUCAUGUACCUGAGUGAUGAUGAGAUACAGCCCUUAAUGAAGAAAAUGCUGAGCUGGCUGCGUCCCGGUGGCUUUCUUUUCUUCAGAGAGUCCUGUAACCACAGAUCAGGUGACAAAAAGAGGAACUUCGACCCCACCAUUUACCGCAGUGAGGAUUGGUACAGUCAACUGGUGACAUCAGUACACAUGGAGGAGAAUAACACAGACCAGAAAUUUGGUUUUGACAUUGUCCUGAAAAAGAAAGUUUACGCUUAUGUCCAGAUGAAAAACAAUCCUAACCAAAUCUGCUGGCUUCUUGAGAAGGUCCAGCCUUCAGAGAAACAGAAUGGUUUCCACACAUUCCAGCAGUUCUUGGACAACCAGCAGUACACCAAGCGAGGCAUCCUGUGCUACGAGAGGAUUUUUGGGGCCGGCUACGUCAGCACGGGUGGCCCCAGCACCACGAAGGAGUUUGUGGACAUGUUGAACCUCAAACCUGGACAGAAAGUUUUGGAUGUUGGUUGUGGCAUCGGGGGAGGAGAUUUCUACAUGGCAAAGACCUUUGGUGUGAAGGUGCUCGGCCUGGACCUGUCAGAAAACAUGGUGGAAAUCGCUAUGGAGAGAGCGCUCAAAGAAAACCUGCCAUCAGUACAUCUGAAUGUCCAGUUUGAGGUGGCUGAUGCCACUAAGAGGACAUUUCCAGAAGGUUCCUUCGAUGUUAUCUACAGUCGGGAUACAAUCCUGCACAUAGAUGACAAGCUUGCUCUCUUUCAACGCUUCCACUCUUGGUUAAAGCCUGGUGGAAAGUUGCUCAUCAGCGAUUACUGCUGUGGCGAGAAGCCCUGGAAUCCAGAGUUUGAGGCCUAUGUCAAAAAGAGAGGCUACAUCCUUUAUACGCCUUCACAGUACGGCAAGGUCAUUGAAGAAGCUGGCUUCCGCAAUGUUCAGGCCACUGACCGCACAGAGCAGUUUAUCCAGGUGUUGAAGACAGAGCUGCAGAGGGCACAGGCCAUGAAGACCCAAUUCAUUCAGGAAUUCUCGGAGGAAGAUUAUUUUGCAAUCGUCAACGGAUGGAGUGACAAACUGAAACGUUCCAACAGUGGAGCUCAACGGUGGGGUCUCUUCUACACUACAAAGGAUUGAAUUUAUUGUCUGCAAAAAUACCAGUCUUAGAUAAACGUAGGCCUCGUUAUACACAGUAUACACAGAACACAGUGUACACAGUGUACACAGUGUACACAGGGCCAGACAGAAAUAAUUUAACAAUAAAGUAUUUAACUUACCUGGA